AUGACAGAACGGCCACAGAUAAAACUCCUUCUAAACCAAAUACAAAAUGCCACUUUCUAUGAAAACCAGAUAGUACCUACUGGAUGGAGAACAUAUCCUGAGCGUACCGCAAGCUGGGGCCAAUUGAAACUUCAUCUAUCACCAGUCAUACGAGAAGCACUAUCACAAUCGCGAAAUAUCACUUCCCUGUACAGCCAUCAGGCUGAAUCUAUCAAUGCUCUCUGUAGUGGAAAGAAUGUUAUUGUCACUACUUCAACAGCGAGCGGAAAAUCUUUAAUCUACCAGAUACCGGUGCUUGAAGCAUUGCUGGAAGAUAAAGAUAGCAAAGCCAUGUAUAUAUUUCCCACCAAAGCGCUUGCUCAAGAUCAAUUACGGUCACUACAAGAUAUUAUUUCUGUGUGCACUGGUUUGGAAGACACCAUGAUUUCCACCUUUGAUGGCGAUACACCAAAAGAUCAGCGCAAAUACAUUCGUGAAGCAGCGAAUAUUAUUUUCACGAAUCCAGACAUGUUGCAUCACAGCGUCCUUCCCAAUAACUUCCAAUGGCGCCACUUUUUGCAAAAGUUGAAAUACGUUGUAGUUGAUGAACUUCACAUUUACAAUGGCCUUUUUGGUUCAAAUGUUGCACUUGUUAUGAGAAGGUUGAGGCGCCUUUGCAGUAUCCAUGGAAAUGAUGCUGUUCGAUUCGUUUCUUGUAGUGCAACUAUAGGAAAUGCUGACGAGCAUAUGCGAACUAUAUUUGGACUGGACAAUGUACAUAUGGUGGACGUUGAUGGAGCGCCAUGUGGACAAAAGGAAUUUGUGCUAUGGAAUCCACCAAUGCUGAACGAAAAUGAACCAAGGUUGGGGAGAAGGAGCAGUAUUCAGGAAACGGCACUCGUUCUAGAGUUUCUUAUCUCUCACGAAGUUCGCACCAUUGUUUUUUGCAAGGUUCGGAGGACUUGUGAGCACUUGAUGAAGCAAAUUAGAACCAACCUGCAGCAAAACUCGAAAGGUGACCUUUUGCGUCGAGUCAUGUCAUAUCGCGGUGGCUAUACACCACAAGACAGAAGACGCAUUGAAAAGCAAAUGUUUUCUGGGGAGCUAUUGGCAGUCAUCGCCACCAACGCCCUUGAACUAGGCGUUGACAUCGGAUCCUUGGACGCUGUACUGAUGCUCGGGAUCCCUUGGUCAAUAUCUGCUAUGUGGCAGCAAUCAGGCAGAGCUGGUCGACGAAACAACGAUUCAUUGGCGCUACUGAUUGCAGCAGAAAACCCAAUGGAUCAGCAUUACAUGAGACAGCCUGAUGAACUAUUCAACAAAGAAAUGCAGAGCAUUGCUGUAGAUAUCGAUAGUCCGCUUAUUCUUGAGGGUCAUUUGCAAUGCGCUGCAAACGAACAACCUAUCGAUCUGACUAGAGAUUGCGCUUAUUUCGGAGAAGCAGCUGAGAGCAUUUGCAAGGACCAUUUAGUGAAAGGAGAUGAUGAGCUGUAUCGUUGUCAUCCUAAAUUUUUACCAAACCCGUCCUCGAUGGUGAACAUUCGAGGUGUUGCGGAGGACAUGUAUACCGUCGUAGACACGACUAAUGGAAAAAGUCUCAUAUUGGAAGAAAUUGAAGCUUCCAGAGCAUCAUUCGAAAUAUAUGAAGGAGCAAUUUUCAUACACCAAGGAAUCACAUAUCUGGUUGAUCAAUGCAACGUAGAUCAGCAUUAUGCCAAAGUUAGGCGUGUGCAUGUCGACUGGACAACAAGACAAAGAGACUACACUGAUGUGGAUGCUACGGAAACGUCGCGUUCGAGGAUUAUGGCUGAGGGACAAAUACUAUUCUAUGGAAAACUUAGGGUCUCCACCCACGUCUUUGGAUAUUACAAACUCGACAAAAGAAACCAAGUUAUCGACACAGUUGACGUAUACAUGGAUCCUAUCAUUAGAACAACAAAUGGCGUGUGGGUAGAUGUUCCUACUAAUGCACUCAGAGCUUUGGCAGAUCUCGAGAUAGACAUGAACGCAUCGGUUCAUGCUGCCGCUCAUUCUUUAUUAUCCCUGAUACCUACUUUUGCCUACUCCAGUGCAGGAGACGUAAGAACGGAGUGUAAAAGCCCAUUAGCAACCCGCCAUCGACCUGCCAGUCUUUAUGAGCCAGAAGCGUGUGGAACAACAGGAAAAGCGUACAAUGUUUUUGAAAGACUACUGCAUGCUUCCUAUGAAAAUAUCUCAGCAUGCAAUUGCGAAGAUGGAUGCCCUCGAUGCGUACAUCUUUCUCAGUGUUCGGAACAAAAUUUGCUAGUUAGCAAGCAUGGCGCGAUUAUCAUUUUGAAAGAAAUACUUGGCAUUCACUGA